AAUGGAUUUCAGCUAUCUUAAACCACCAAAAUAAGUGAUGCAAAUAAAACAUGCAGGUAUAAUAUUGUUUAAGCUAGAUGAAUAUAUUAAAUACGUAGUGGAAGGGAAAUUAAAAAGAAAUGUGUUUUAUAAUGUUGAAUUUGAAGAAAUUGAAGAAGAAUUGAUAUAAAAGUUGGAGGAUUUAAUAAGGUAGAGAAAAGUUUAAUUACCAUAAUAAUGGGAUAAAUAAACUACAUUAAAGUUCUGUUAUUCUGGGAAUUUUGAUAUUGAGUUAGCUUUUUAAACACUAAUAAAGUAUUUGAAAUGGAAAGAGAAUCCAGAUUAUCAGAAUUUAACUUCAGCAGGAGAGGAAAUCUUAGUAAUUUUAUUUAUUGCAUUUUGAGAAAAAAGGAGUAAUAUUUAGUUUGGGAAGAGAUAAGCAAUUCAGACCAUUAAUUUUUAUAUAGGUUUCAAAAAUAAGUACAAAUAUUGUAAUAUAUUAUUAAUAAUAACGAUAGGAAUAAUUACCACCAAUACUAAAUGCUAUGUGUGUGUUAUUGAAUUAUAUCUAAAAGUUUAUGUUGGUACCAUAUUAUGUAGAGAAAUGGAGAAUAAUUGUGGAUUUGAAUGAUAUUAGUAUAUUUAGAUUGCCACAUUAAGUAAAAAUGAAUACUUAUAGAUUUUAAGAUAAUUAAAUAAAUAAUAGAUGUAACAUAAUCGAACUACACAGCUUCAUUAGAAUAAUUGCAUUUACUAAACCCUCCUUUCUUUUUGGUAGCAGCUUGGAAGUUGGUAGAAAGUAAGAAAUAAUUAAUUAAUAAUUCUAAAGAAUUGAUGCAUCCAGAAACGGCAAAAAAGAUUCAAUUUUGUAAGGAUCCAAGUUUUCUUUAAGAGUAUAUAAAUGAGGAUUAAUUGAUGUUAAGAUACAAAGGAACAUUACCAAAUAUAGCUUGUUUAUGGUAACCAAUUCUUUAAAUGACAGGCCAAUAAUAAAUACUUAUAGAGGAAUGGGAGAAAGUAUUCAUAGGAAUAUGAUUGAGAGUGGAAUUAAACAAAUGGGUGAAAGUGUAUAGAAGAAUCACAUGGCAGAAAGUGCAUAUUUGAGCAUGUUUGAAUCUUAAUACUAUACUAUAUUAACUUAGAAAGAAAUAGAAUUAAGUAAGCCCUAAGUAAAAGGUUAAUGUUGUGCAUGCAACAUAAUGUGA